UAAAAGAUAAAAAGAAAUAAAUUAGUAUUUUGACCCAAAAAUUAAAUUUUAUGUGAAGUUAAGAGUUAAUAACUUAUUUCCCAAAUAAAUAAAAAGGAUAAGUUAGAAUUUUAAAGAAAUAGUAGAGAGAGAUAGGAAAAGUAAAUAGGAACAAAUGGAGAAUUUUAGUUAGUUAGUGAAUUUGGGGUUUUUGUGUAUAUAAAAAACAAAUAUCCCUAGAGCUUAGUCACAAGAGUGACUGAUGUUUUUCUUAAAAAAAAAUUGUCAUCUAAUAUAUUAAAAGUGGAUUAGCAAUAGUUCUUACACAAAGCCGACAAAGGUAUAAUGCCAUUCCGGAGCCACAAGCCGGCGUGAAACAUGAUACACUCGGAGACAAAUGAUGGAACUAAAACCGACUUCACAAACUUAAGAGAGCAAAUGAGAGAAUAAGAGGCUAAAACAUACCAUAGAUUAAGCAUAAACUUCAAGAACAAUGAAGCAGAUCGAAGCCGGAAACAAGAUUGAGAGAGAAAGCGAAACAAGCCUAUCUUAUUAGAGUUGAGCUGAUAUCUCUUAGAACCGUUCCCUUAGGAACCAAACUAGUAACCAACACACUUACCACUUCUUCAACAAGAGAAUACACCAUAGAAAAAUCCUUUAACUCGAGCAGCCAACAAUGAGACACAUACAUUUUUGACGAUCGACUACUCCAAGACCGUUGCGAUUGAGCAUAAGCUCCACAGCUUCUUACCAAGAAAUAAAAAAAAACGUUGGUUGCAAACAAAAUAACCGCACAACUUCCCUGCUACGACGCUUCAUCUACUGAAAUCUUAAACACAAACCCAUGUUGAACGAUGAGACUAACCAAAGACCACACGCAGCUGAACCCAAACAUCUCAAAGAAGAACAUACCGCCCUAAGACCACAGCAGAUAAACUCCAACCGAUGUCCCGAGCAAGAACUCCAUCCAAGCAAGUCGCCAAACCAACCACACUCUAGCACAAUACAAACCUCUAACACUCUUUCAUCUCCAAGAAACAAAGAAUGAGAUACAAUCUCGAUGAAUGACCAAUGAUACGCUUGAAAGCCGCUUGACCAGGUUCGAUGGAAGAAAUAAACUCUCACAUCAGAACCGGCUAUAACCUCCACCGCCCACUAGAAAACAGAUUCGAACCCAGAGAAGCAAUCUAAGCUAGCCAAAACGGACAACAAAACUGGAUCCUAAAAUAAAGAUCCCCAUACGAGAGGCCUCAACACAACCAUCCUAACAAACUAGCUACACCAAACUCAACACCUUAAGAGAAGAAACAAACAUGAGAUGUUCCAAAACAAAACGAGAUCCCCAAAUUCCAGCGCCGGAACCCUAACAUCAAUCCCGCAACCACCACACAGAACCUAGCAAUACUGCAACAUGCGGAACCUCCGACCCAGCUCGAGCAACAAGAAUCCACCAGGAAGACAGAUCUUUUCCCAAGACCAAAUCAGACCUUCUACAAUAAAGGCGUCGAGAAUCGAGAUGAAGAAACACGAAACUACGAACAAAACUUACAAUAGAAGGAAUACAUAAGAGAAAGGGGACCAGCGGUGGCACUAUCGAAGCCGUCACGUGUCAGUCGAUUGAGAUCUAAAAUUUUAUGGCUACUGAGUUUUGACGAGAGUGAUAGGAAAUGUUUUUUUGGUUAAUGUAUGUGAGUUUUUUUUUUUUUGGAUCAAAAAUGCAUGUGAGUUUUUCUUCUGUUUUUCUUAAACUUUAGUGGAGUAAAAACAUUGCAAAAGAAGAAAAAAAAGAAAACAUGGCGCCAAAAAGCUUAAUGGUCGUGUCACGUGAUGUAAGUUUGCUUGAUGACCACCAGACAAAUCUAAUAUGUUUUCCAAAUCUUCGGGCCCCACCUUUCAGAUGUGCUGACCUUUUCUUUUCUUUUCUUUUGUCUUAAUUCUUUUAUAUUUAAAAUUUUAAUUCAUUUUUUCCAUUCUAUAAAUCUCGACAGAUUCAUUCUUCACUCUUCAACUAAACACUUCACUUUUUCAUUUCAUUCCCAUACGAAGGACACGUGGCCAGGAAAAGGAUGAAAGAAAGUAGCCGAAAGCAAGGAGCGGCGUCGCCAUGCGCGGCCUGCAAGCUUUUACGGCGGCGGUGCGCUCAAGAUUGCGUUUUUUCGCCGUAUUUUCCGGCGGAUGAGCCUCAGAAAUUUGCUAAUGUUCAUAGAGUAUUCGGAGCUAGCAACGUCAACAAGAUGCUCCAGGAGUUACCGAUCCAUCAGCGGGGAGACGCAGUGAGCAGCAUGGUCUACGAGGCUAAUGCAAGAGUGCGGGAUCCUGUCUAUGGUUGCGUAGGUGCGAUUUCCUCCCUGCAGCAACAAAUUGAUGUGUUGCAAGGCCAACUAGCUCUGGCUCAAGCUGAAGUGGUGCACCUCCGUGUGCGCCAUUCAACUAAUUUUCCGGGAAAUGGACUGUGCCCGGAUAGCCCGAGCAGCAGUGGCUCACCGUCCUCGAAGCAAGUGAGUCCACAGGACAACAAGGGCAUAUUUAGCCAUAUGGACAUGGUGGAUGAAGCCAGUUUGGGAGAGUCUAUGUGGUCUUGCUAGUUUGAUGUCCUUUUUUUCUCUCUAAUGCAUUUCCUCUUCUUUUUUUUCUUGGGAAAUUUUCGGGAUUAUAUAUUUAAUUAGGGGUAGGAAAUGAAAAUACUCUGUUUUGACUACAGAGUGAAACUAUUAACAUGAUAUAGACACAUAUAUGUAUACUAAGUACUAUAAAUCUACUAUCUAUAUAUAAAUAUAAGUGGUACUUAUUUGUAUUUCGGGUAUUUGGGAUUUUGGAUCAGGAUCUACGAGGGUCAUUUCUAGCCGAGGAGAGAACUUUGUUAUCGAUCUAAUGUAAACUUGUGAAAUAUAUAUUUAUCUUAAGACUUCUAUAUACGGACAUGUUUUUGCU